AUGUCUUCCAGUUCCAGUUGGCAGGAGCCCUCGUGGUUCCGCAAGUUAGUGUACGACCUGGUGCUGUGGACGUUCACGGUGAUCUUCGACUGCUUUUUCCGCGAGAUACGGCCGCGGGGAGCGUUCCGCCUGCCCAAGUCAGGCCCCAUAAUUUUCGUGGCUGCUCCCCACGCCAACCAGUUUGUCGACCCCAUUGUGCUCAUGGGCCAGGUCAAGAACGAGACCGGGCGGCGGAUCAGCUUUCUGAUCGCCGAAAAGAGCCACAAGCGCAAGUUUAUCGGUCUUGUUAGUAGAAGCCAGAUGUCCAUCCCUGUGCGUCGUGCUCAGGAUUGUCUGAAGCCGGCUGCCGGCUCCAUCAGGAUCGAUCCCGAAAACGAGCUCCAUGUGCUUGGAGUGGACACACAGUUCACCAACGUGUGCCAAACCAAGGGUCUUCUUGCACUGCCUAGGUCGUGGGGCACUGCCGAAGUUGGCGAAAUAGUUUCUGACACAGAGCUGUAUUUGAGAAAGCCGUUCAAGUUCUCGUCUCCCAAAACCGCCGACGAGGCGAAGAAAGCGCUCGAGACGGGGACAGCGUUCAAAACAGCGCCAAGAAUUGACCAGUCCGAGGUCUACCACAAGGUCUUUGAGCAUCUCGCGCACGGCCACUGUCUCGGACUUUUCUCCGAAGGUGGCUCCCAUGACCGUCCCGACCUGCUGCCGUUGAAGGCUGGCGUGGCCGUGAUGGCUCUCGGGGCCAUGGAAGCCCAUCCAGGCUGCAACGUCAAGAUCGUUCCCUGUGGAAUGAACUACUUCCAUCCGCACAAGUUCCGUUCGCGUGCAGUCGUGGAGUUUGGAAUGCCAAUUGAGAUCAGCCCGGAACUCGUCGCAAAAUACUCGAACCCCGAAACCUCGAAGGACGCCAUCAAGGAACUACUCGAGACAAUCACUGGCGGAUUGAAAGCAGUCACCGUGACCUGUCCAGACUACGAAAGUCUGACAUGCGUCCAGGUCGCUCGUAGACUGUACUCGAACAACAUGUCGAAACACCUAUCUUUGCAAAGUAUCAUUGAAAUGAACCGGAGAUUGCUCAAGGGCUAUCUGCACUACAAAGACGAGCCUCGGAUCAUGGAGCUGAAGAAGAGCAUUCUUGAGUACAACGAGAGAUUGCGGAUUUUUAAGAUUCCCGACCAUCUGGUGGAAGGGGACCGCAACGACGACGCAUUGUCCAUAUUCACACGGUUUGUCACUUCGCUCGUGCAGCUGAUCGUGCUGGGAGCCCUGGCUCUGCCUGGAGUAAUUCUUUUCUCCCCAGUUUUCAUCGCCACAAAGGUGAUUAGCGAGAAAAAAAGACGCGAGGCUCUGGCAGCCUCCACGGUGAAGAUAAUGGCGCGAGACGUUAUCGCUACAUGGAAAAUUUUGGUGAGUAUCGGGUUUGCACCGCUACUGUACAUCUUCUACUCCGUCCUGGGAACCAUGCUGAUGAGAAAAUAUUAUGUCCUCUCGGACAGGUCUGCAUUGACUAUAUUCUGUUCCAUCUACCUAUUCUCGGCCAUGAUCACGUAUUCGGCCCUUAUUUUCGGCGACAAGGGUAUGGACCUUCUAAAAUCGAUCAGACCAUUGUGGCUUGCGUUGGUCAAUAAGGAAGGACUCACUCAACUGCGUGAGACGCGAAGACAACUUUCAAUGGAAAUCACAGAGGUGAUCAACGAGUACGGCCCUCAAUUGUUCCCAGACUUCAAUUUGUAUGACUAUGAGAAGAAGCUCGAGCUCAAGAGAUUGAGACGGCAGGAAAGAAAGAAGUUGCAGCUCGAGCAACUGGAGACCAUGGACUCGGAGGACGAGUACGAAGAAGCCAAGACGCAGAGACUCAGAAAGAGAAGAGCUGCAAAAAGACAGCAAAGAGAACAGGCGGGCAUAUAUGCUCAGGCCAACGAAUCGUUGAAGGCCAAAUUGACAUCCUCUGUUCCUAUCAUCUCGAACGAUAAUGACAACAACUCCUCCGUGGGGCUUUCUUCCUCAAGUGAAACAGACUUUGCUUCUUCUGGAUCGGAGUAUGAGCCUGAAGACGACUCUACCAGUGCGUCCAAAAUUGGCCUUGUCAGAGACACAAUGAUCCGCGAAAACAGAGAACGAAACGAGAAGAACGAGGAGUGA